AUGGGCCUAUUCGGCAUGGCGGCGAGCUAUCUCGCCUUUUCCGUCCUUCAUUUCUUCCAGUUUGUUCUGGCUGUGACCGUCUGUGGCCUCUACGCCGUCGAUCUCAAUCAUGCUAGAAGCGAGGGAAGCUAUAUUGACGGAAAAUGGGUUUUCGCAGUCGUAGUUGGCGCUCUCUCCGCGGUCACGGCCCUGAUAUACUUCAUCCCCUUCAUCCUGCGAUUCGCCAUCGUCUGGGCUUGGGAUGCCGUCUUAUUCAUUCUGUGGAUCGCCGUCUUUGGUCUCUUUGGUAAUAUGUACAUUAAGGAGAAUGCCGAGGGCGACAACGGGAUCCAGCGGAUGAAGAACGCCGUCUGGGUGGAUCUGGCUAACGCUCUUCUCUGGCUUAUCAGUGCCCUGGCAACGGCCGCCUAUUGGUGGAGACACCGCGAGCGCCGCACUCGGUUCACUGGCCGAGGAAAGGUUUAG